GAGAGAGUGAGGAAGAGAAGUGCUUAAGACUCAUUCGUUUUUGUUUUUGUUUUUUGUUUUCCUGCUUCUUUCAUAUAUUCUUUCCCCAACUACCAUCGAACGCGGUCCAAUAAUCCAAUAAAACGCUGGCCUCCCAUUAGGGUUUUCUCAAAUCCAGUCUCUCUCUCGCACUUUCUUUCUUUCUCACUCCCUCCAACUUGUCUUUCUCUCUCUCUCUAAAAACAAGUGGUACUCGUGGACAGAAAUCUCGUUUGAGCAAUUUUCAGUUGGGUUCCAGCUCAAAUUCAGUUACUUGUGUUGGCGUUGUUGGAGAAUGGGUGGGUGUUUUUAGGACAAAGAUAACAGAGAGGAAGAGGGUAGUUUCGUCAAAUACGAUAAUGCCCGCUACGGACUUCCAGGGUUCGGCUUCUGGUUUCCCGAGUUUUGGGCGUUCCAUUCUCAGCUUCCGACGAGACCAAAUCCAUUCCAUGGAAACCCCAAUCAAUCACCACCAUCACGAAUCCGCCGGCAACCUCGAGGCCGACCUCAAUUCCUUUCAGAAGCAGGUCGCCGACCGAUUCCAUGACCUCUGGUCGUCUUCAUCGGCUGCGGCCGCUUCUACUGCCUCCGAACACUUGCUCUCCGUCGUCUGGAUUCGGAAGCUUCUCGACGCCUUCCUUUGCUGCCAGGAAGAGUUCAGAGCCGUGCUGUUCAACAACGGAUCGCUGGUUUUCCGGCCACCCGUGGAUCGGAUGGUAUCCGACUAUUUCGAACGGAGCGUGAAGGCUCUCGAUGUCUGUAAUGCCAUCCGAGAUGGAAUCGAGCAGAUCAGGCAGUGGCACAAGCUCUUAGAGAUCGUUCUCUGCGCUCUCGACAACCAGCGGAGUCUCGGCGAAGGCCAAUUCCGGCGUGCGAAGAAAGCGCUGAUCGAUUUGGCCAUCGCGAUGCUCGACGAGAAGGAUUCCAGCACCACCGUCGCCCAUCGGAACCGCUCUUUCGGCCGGCACAACAACAGCAGCUCCGCGGGACGAGAUCACCGCCACGUCGGACAUUUCCGAUCGCUGUCUUGGAGUGUUUCGCGGUCUUGGUCCGCCGCUAGGCAGCUGCAGGCGAUCGGGAACAAUUUGGCGGCCCCGAGAACGAACGAAAUCGUGGCGACGAAUGGAAUCGCCCUCGCCGUGUUCACCAUGAACACCGUCUUGCUGUUCGUAAUGUGGGCCUUGGUGGCGGCGAUUCCGUGCCAGGACCGUGGGCUCCAGGUCCAUUUCUCGAUCCCUAGAAGCUUCUCGUGGGCCAUGCCGAUGAUUUCGCUGCACGAGCGAAUCUUGGAGGAAUCCAAGAGACGUGACCGGAAGAACGCUUGCGGAUUGUUGACGGAGAUUCGUCAGAUUGAGAAAUUCUCGAGGGUGAUGAGCGAAUUGACCGAUUCGGUUCAGUUCCCAUUGAUGGAGGACAAAGAGGUGGAGGUGAGGCAGAUAGUGAAGGAGCUUUCUCAGCUCUGCGACACCAUUAAAGAUGGAUUAGACCCAUUGGAACGCCAGGUCAGAGAGGUUUUCCAUAGAAUUGUUCGGAGCCGCACGGAAGGUCUGGAUUCUUUGGGCAGAGCUUACCAUAACGACUAGUGUUGGCUUUUUUUUUUUUUUUUUUUGUCCUGUUUGUUUCUGUUAAUAAUUUGUGGAAAUUGAGAAUAUGCUUUGGCAAUGGCGAAGGAUACAAUUUGAAGAAGAAGAAAGAAAGAAAAGGAGAUUUCAGAAGCCUCUGUUGCCAACAAAAAAAAUUAACAAGGAAAAAAAAGGGUAAGAAAAAAAAAAAAAAAGAAAUUUCUUGUAUUUAGUUUCACCAUAUAUAUAUUCUGUGUAAAGAGAUUAGGAUAUUGCGGAACCGAUCUUUGCGGUGGAUUCUGCAAUUUUUAUUUUUUUUUCGGGUUUUUGUUGUUGCUUUUUUGUAUAAUCAAAUAUUUGAGCUUUAUGCUUCUUCAUGCCAA